AUGCCGGUAGCAGACCCGACCCCGUCCCCGACGGCGCAGCAUCGACCUGCAGCCAACUGGUCCGAUGCCCUAUUACGUGCCGAGAAGCUCGACACGCACGUUCGUCGAAUCGUCUUCCAAGCUGGGCUCGAUUACGAGACAAGGCCCAUGGUCGUGCUAGCUGCCUGUUGUCUGCCCGAUCCCCGCGAGGUCGACUACGACGCGCUGCUCGACCGCAUCAUGGACACCAUGGAUCUGUUUGUCGAAAAUGACUACACUGUCAUCUACUUUGCAGGCGGGGGACAUCAUCGUCCAGGUUGGAACUGGAUCUGGCGCGCCUACCGCAGACUCGACCGGCGGUUCCGUAAAAACCUCAAGAAGCUCUACAUUGUUCAUCCGACCUUCUUCACGCGCUCGCUGCUGCAGUUUGUCAACACGGGUGCCUACUUCGUCUCGCCCAAGUUUUCCAAAAAGGUGUCGCAACUUUACACGCUCUCGGCGCUGGCAGAGCAUGUGCCUCUCACCCAAAUCGACAUCCCACCGGAAGUGCUUCAGUGGAAUACAAGGUACGAGAAGCACGUCAGCCUGCCGGCAGCCCCAAGCGAUGCCGCAACGACAAGUCAGGACAAUACGGAAAAGGUGUUUGGAGUUGAGCUGACCAAGCUCAUGGGCGAAUGGGGCGAGAGCGGAGGCGUACCGCGUGUGGUGCGCGACUGCGUUGAAGCCAUCUUGGGCGAUUUCGACGGCAUCCGCCCAGCCGAGGUGGAAGGCAUCUUUCGACGAUCGCCUUCGUCCGCCCUGCUCAAAACAGCCCAGGAGAGCUACGAUCGCGGCCACCCGGUCAGCUUGGAGCAGUACCGCGAUCCCCAUAUCCCUGCUGUCCUGCUUAAAGUGUUCCUGCGCUCGCUGCCGCGCCCCAUCUUCCCAGCGAGCAUGUACAGCCUUAUCCGCUCGUGCCCCCCACCUCCACCUUCGCCGGCAUCUGCAGAACACAUCGACGCAGAGCAGGCCCACGCUCAGGCACGCGAGACGAUCGACUACCUGCGCACGCGUCUGCUGCCUGCCAUCGAUCCACCGUGUGCCGGGAUUCUGCUGAGCUACGUGCUCGAGAUGCUGCACAAAGUGUCGCAGUAUUGCGAUGUCAACAAGAUGGACGCGGCCAACUUGGCUACGGUGAUUGCACCGAACUUGGUUUCGAGCGGGAAUGCGAUGAAGGAUGUGCUGAUCUGCCGGGUGGACGGAAUCGCGUCGAUGGCGAAUACGCCUUUCGCAUCCGCGCAGUCGUCUCCGCAGACGCGGUCGCCCAAGGUGCGCAAGGCUUCGCUCUCCAGUGACGCCAACGGGAAUGCGAACACGACGAGUCUGGGGUCCAUUUUGCGCUUCUGCAUCGAGAACUACUACGAGAUCUUUGACGAGAUCACGUUUGUCGCGCAGGUAAACAGCGUGCAGAACCUGGUGGACGAUCUGGGGCGGGAAUGUGGAGAAGGCAAGAUCAGUCGAUCGCCUUCGGUUGCGAGUCGGCGCUUGCCGAGUUUGUACGAUACGCCUGCGUCGGGUGCGCCUGUAUCGCCGUCGGGGUUGGGUCUGGGCUGGCACAAGAGGGGGGAGUCGACAAAUUCGGACCUGUCGCAGGCGUCGUCCUCGCCGUGGGGGAACAACGUUUGGGGUGGCAACACUAUGAUACACGGAGGAGAGGAUGGGGCGGAGGAUGAUAGGAAGUCGGGUGUGACGACGGGCCGCAGCAUUGCGUCGCGGGAGGGGCAUCGUGCCCCUGCUGGGUUCCACCGCGGGACGAUCGGGCGUAAUUCUUCAGGGUCGUUGCGGUUGACGAAAGGCCGCUUGGGGUCGAAUACGAAUCUCCGGUCGAGCUUCACUCCGGUUAACGCAUCCAAACCAAUGGCUUCGUCGAAUCUGUCUUCUGCGACGACCACCGGCAACGCGGGGCAGAGUGGGGCAGAUACCGAUGGCCUCACGUCCCAGUUGAGCGGUGUCACUCUCACGGGUGCCAAUGUCGUCGCUACGUUCAGCUCUCCCUCUGCCAACCGCGUACCCUCUUCGCCAGUGGACAUCAACGACAGCGGCAAGACAGGUGCAGCGGGGGGAUCCGCAUCCUCUUCACCAGUGCUGACUAGCGCUGGAGGAUUCAGGUACUACAGGCAGGGUGGUGAUGAUGCGGUAUCCGCCGGCUCCCCAGUCGCCGCCGAGCCUACGACCGCGAGCAACAUUGGCUUGGGCAGGAGAAAGUCGACGCGCAGAGAGCUGUCAGAAGUGGCAGAGGCUGAUGACGCUUGA